AUUCAAUUAUUAUAAAAUAUAUAUAAAUUAAAUUUACUUAAUUUCUUACAUAAAAAUUAGUCGCACAAUGCUAUUUUGUAAAAUUUUUCUAAGUAUUUAUUUUUGCAUUUCGUUUACAUUUGGCUGCAAUUAUACAAACAAUGAAAUGGUUCUAUUGAACACAUUUUCCAGUUCCAAUAGGUUUUUCGAUAAUGUAAGUAAUUUAUUUAUUUCCAAUAUGAAAAAGUUUAGAGAAGAAAAUAAAUUGUACGAUACGAAGUGGAGUGCUCAAUAUAAAAAUGAUUACAAAGAGGAAAGAAUAAAAUAUGGAGUUGGGCUUAUAAUGUGUAAUUUGUUCGCAACUCAUAUUCAAUGUUCACAGGCAAUGACUGCUUACAGAUUUGCGAAAAUGAUGAAAAACAAUGUUGGAUUAAUCCAAAGAAAUAAUAAUGUUGGUGAAAUAGUGGGCUAUAUAAAAAGUGUGGGAUUGGCAUAUUAUGGUAACGUCACGGAAUUAAUGGACAUGAUGUACGUAUUGGGCUAUGUACCGCCCAAAUAUAUGGUCUUGUCCUCUUUAUAUUCAAAGGAGGUAGCAGACAAGGCUAAUUUAGGAUCUAUGAUGGUGAUGUUUAUUGACGAUGAUUUAAAUAAUAUGGGCAAUGUUGUAAUGGAUACUGCAAAGAAAUUCAUUAAACAAUGCGAUGCAAUACUGGAAAAUGAUAUCAUGGACAAACUAUCCGAUGAAACCGUAGUCUCUAUUUCUGAUUUUAAUAAAGAUCUGCUUAUAAUUCAUCAAAAUUUAGAUAAUGCUAAACAAAAUUUAGUAAAAAAUAAAAAUUCCAACCGUUUUAACAUCGAAAACUGGAUUCUGAACGAACUGUUUACGAACAAAGAAUCCCUGAACAUGUUUUUCCAGACGCAGGCGACAUACCUCAACAUUGAUUGGAAUAAAUUACAAACAAAGCUCAUUAAUACGUACACGCUUACACAGAAAGCCGACUUUAAGCUGAACAUUUACAAUGAAAGCAGAAGAGUAGACAGCCACCAAAAUAAGUUAAAACAGGUGUAUCGGACCGUGGUUAAUCGGUACAUAUUGAUCGUGGUCCUCGAUUGUAAUUACCUACACGACAAAGUAAUGGAAUCGAAAGAAAAAUUGGAAACAACUUGUAGAAGAAUCGAAACAGUUAUCAAUGGUGCGAUAAAUUUCCUCCAGGAGGACGUAUUUCUGACAGAGCUGCUGCCUGUCGUACAAAAGUUCAUCAAAGAAGGUAGCGUUCGUACAUGGGAUGUCUUUAACAUGAUUACUUUGGAAUUGAGCAGUUUGUCUACAAUAUUGGAAGUGGAGGCCGGCAAUGCGUAUAUACCGGAUGAAGUACUCACAGUUGAAAAUGGUUUCGAGAUGAUAAACGUACAUUUAGACGAGGCAAUAAAAUAUACUGAAACACUUAAAGGCUCGUUUGCGGAUCAAUUCUUCGACGUUAUCAACGUUAUACAGAGUUCUGUCAACAACGAAUGGAUGAUGUCCACCAAAACCAUAAAGAAAGAACGAACAGAGUUAUUGAUACCAAAUUUUGAGCAGGGAAAUAAACCUGCAUCCUGAGAACCACCACGUCCAGGAUUGGCGACAUUCACGAAAGGUUUGACAUGUCGAUUCGGUGGGUAAGAUUGUUUCAAAUUAUAAAGAAAAUAAUAUGCACAUAAAUUAUCAGCCUAAUUUGUAAGUAAAUAUAGUAAAUAUAUCAAGACUAAUAUCUGCCUCGGACCGAACACUGACCUUGUAAUAAUCAUUUAUUAAAAACAUUUUCCUCGUCUGUAUGGCCGAUAUCACACUGAAUACUGCCGCCUCAUACUUGCGUUACAAAAAAAGAGUUAUUUUACAUGUAGUAAAUUCAACAUGCAUAGUACGCUAACUUCCUUUCUGUCUUAGAACACUCAAUUUUCUAUAGUUUAUAAUUAGGACAUAAUUAGCAUGGAGUUUUUUGAACAUUUUCAAAAUUUGUACAAAACGUAAACUUGAAAAUAUUUGGAACGUAAUAAUAAUGUAUUUGUACGCAACUCUUUUAUCGAGAAAAUCAAUUUUUUUAAAAUAUGUACUUAAUUUAUAGGAAAAUGGAGUUAUUGUUCUCAAGUUUAUUAUAUCGUAGAUUAGAUAUAUUGUUAAAAAUUAAUAAAUGUAAAAUAAUAUAAUAUUCUAAACUAUACAUUUUUUUCUUUUUGUAAACAUUCGCACUUAUGGCACCGAUGUACUAUAUCGUCAGAUUAUUUAGUAAUAGUUUUGUAUCUAAAAAAUACGAUUUUAUGUUAUUUUUGAAUCAAAUAAAUGAUAAAGCAUCGUUUUAAACCACGGUAACUCACAAAUAAUAAUUUAUUCUGCAAUGAAAGUAUUGAAGAACAUGAAGACCAUGUAUUAGGAUAAAUAUAAUGAAUAAAAUGUUAUUCACUUUUCUUGAAAAUCGGCCAUUUUAAAGUUAUAACUUUUAUGAUUUAGUUUGACGAUAUACUAAUUAUGAAUUGAAAAAUAGAUUUUCUCGAUGAACGCAUUGCGUACAAAUUCUGAAAUAAUAAAUCAAAAUAAAAUUAAUUUUAAAUUUAUAUGAAACUGAUUACAUGCAUGUGAUCAGAUCAUAAUACAUUGAUGAUCGGAACAUAAUUAUCUAUUUUAUUCUAUAAGUAUCUAGUAUUCACUCAGAUACUUUGUUUAUCUUCAUUCCUUGGCGUAUCUACCUUCUAGGAGUUUUGGCCGCCACCAUAACAAUGCGCUACCUCUUUCUGUCAUGUACUGUAUCUUUCCAGUUCGCAAUAUCCAUCCUCACUAAGUCUUCCUCUAAUCAAUCGAGCAAUCUCUUUUUUAAUCUGCCUCGUGGUGUCUUCUCUUAAAGUACGUAUUGAAGAGUAGCUCGUAAUGGCCUCCUUUCUUUUCGACCAGGAGCGGAUUGGGAAAAUAUUUUGGUGCUGAAAAAUAGUAAAGAAACUUACGCGAGAGGUUGUUGUAAAUGAUGUUGAGUUACAACCAUAACAUUUUUAAGUUUCUAACACAACAUUUUUAAACUAUCAUAAAAUAACUAAUUUAUUAUGAGUAAUGUAGACUGGGGUAUAAUGGCGCACUUUUAACAGCUGUUAUGUGAUUGUAUAGGUUCACGUUUUCGACAUCUUGUUAUGUUGUUAUCCUAUUAUACAAAUAACGUUAAUUGUAAUUUUCGAGUCAAAAGUUAAUUUUACCAAAGUAAAUGUCGAAAAUUCUAAGCAAUUAGAAAUAAUUAUAAUGAAU